AUGGCCUCCGAAUCCGAAUCCGAACCAGAACCAGAAAUUGGAACAGGAGCCAUCCCAUCCACCACGCCAGCAACAAUCAAAACAGCAGAUUCCAUUAACAUUAAUAUUACCAAUGACAAUAUCACCACGAAUAUCCAUGAUAACGAGCUCCCCGAUCCCGAACUCGGAGACCAGACCCAGAAAGAAAAGGAGAAAGGAGGACACGGCAAAUUCCUCCCUCCCCCUCCCCACAAUAACACCAUCAAUCAUCUAAAUCUAAAUCUAAAUCUCGACCAUCCCACGCCUUCUUCACCCUCGUCCACACCAUCUGGAUCCCGAAACCCAGACCCAAACCCAACGCAAAAAGAGUCUAGUACUAUUCCCGUUCGAAAAACCUACUUCCGCCAUCUCCAACACGCAGACACCGAGGUCUCCACACCCGUUAAACGAUCCAAUGCCCUUUUGGACGCGCACGCGGACCGUAUCGCCGUGGUCGGGGUGUUGGUUCUCGUGCCUGUUUCUGUGCUGGUGGUGUGGAUGGGCGAGUUUGUGUCUGGGGUGUGGGAGGAGAGGAUGAGAGGACGGAGGAGGUAUAGAUCUUAUCUAGGUUCUAGAGGUAACUAG